CUUCCCAAGCACCGAGGAGGCCCCAGCUCCCAAGGGGCUAAGAAGUUGGAGCAUUGGUGAGGGGGGGAGGAGCUGAGCCAGACUCUCCUAAGACCCCCUUCACGCCCCCACCCCCAGGAAGCAUGAACAGGAAAGACAGCAAGAGGAAGUCCCACCAGGAAUGUUCCGGGAAGACAGGAGGGCGGGGCCGGCCCCGACAGGCCCGCCGCCACAAGACGUGCCCCAGUCCCCGGGAAAUCAGCAAGAUCAUGGCUUCCAUGGACAUGCUGAACGAGGGUGGCUGCAGCGAAGAUGAGCUGCUGGAGAAAUGCAUCCAGUCCUUUGACUCGGCUGGCAGCCUGCGCCGCGGGGACCACAUUCUCAACAUGGUACUGGCCAUGCACAGCUGGGUGCUGCCUUCUGCCCACCUUGCUGCCCGUCUUCUGACCUUAUAUCCUCCCAGGGCCAUGAGCAAGAACACGCAGGAGCUGAGGCGGCUGCAGAUCUGUCACCUGGUCAGGUACUGGAUGACCAAACACCCCGAGACAGUGCACCAGGAGCCCCAGUUAGAAGAGGUUGUAAGUCGCUUCUGGGCCACCGUAGAGCAGGAGGGCAACUUGGCCCAGAGGAGCCUGGGAGAUAACUCCAACCUCCUGAGUCCUGGUGGCCCUGGCCCCCCGCCCUCCAUGAACAGCCCCAGCGUGGGCAAAAAGUGCAAAGUGUCCUUGCUUUUCGACCACCUGGAGACAGAGGAGUUGGCUCAGCACCUCACUUACCUGGAGUUUCGGUCCUUCCAGACUAUAACGCCCCAGGACCUGCGGGACUACGUUUUGCAGGGCUCAGUGCGGGGCUGCCCAGCCCUAGAGGGAUCCGUAGGUCUCAGCAACAGCGUGUCCCGCUGGGUGCAAGUCAUGGUGCUGAGCCGUCCCGGGCCCGCACAGCGCGCACAGGUGCUCGACAAGUUCAUCCACGUGGCUCAGAGGCUCCACCAGCUGCAGAAUUUCAACACACUGAUGGCGGUCACGGGAGGCCUGUGUCAUAGUGCCAUCUCCAGGCUCAAGGACUCCCACACCCACUUGAGCCCUGACAGCACAAAGACCCUGCUGGAGCUGACUGAGCUCCUCGCUGCCCACAACAACUACGCCUGUUACCGCCGCACCUGGGCUGGCUGCACAGGCUUCCGGCUGCCUGUGCUUGGUGUGCACCUCAAGGACCUAGUGUCCCUGCAUGAGGCACAGCCUGACAGGUUGCCCGACGGCCGCCUGCACCUUCCCAAGCUCAACAGCCUGUACCUACGGCUGCAGGAGCUGGCAGCCCUCCAGAAGCAGCACCCCCCCUGCAGUGCCAACGAGGACCUGCUGCACCUGCUCACGCUCUCCCUGGAUCUCUUCUACACGGAGGACGAGAUCUAUGAGCUUUCUUACGCCCGGGAGCCCCGCUAUCCUAAGAGUCUGCCACCCUCCCCCUUCAAAGCCCCCUCGGUGGUGCAGUGGGCUCCUGGCGUGACACCCAAGCCCGACAGGGCCACCCUGGGUCGGCAUGUGGAGCAGCUGGUGGAGUCCGUAUUCAAGAAUUACGAUCCCGAGGGUCGGGGAGCCAUCUCUCAGGAAGACUUUGAGCGACUCUCAGGCAAUUUCCCUUUUGCCUGCCAUGGGCUUCACCCACCCCCACGCCAAGGGAGUGGCUCCUUCAGCCGAGAGGAGCUGACAGAGUACCUGCUCCGGGCCAGCGCCAUCUGCUCCAAGCUGGGCCUGGCCUUCCUCCACACCUUCCAUGAGGUUACCUUCCGCAAGCCUACCUUCUGCAACAGCUGCAGCGGCUUCCUCUGGGGUGUCACCAAGCAAGGCUACCGCUGUCGGGACUGUGGGCUGUGUUGCCACAAACACUGCAGAGACCGAGUGAAGGAGGAGUGUAAGAGGCCAGGGGCCAAGGGCGAUGUGAGCCCCCCCGGAGCCCCCAUCCCACCUACACCAAGUCCCCAUACCAGCUGUGGCUCCGAGGACAAUCUCUCCUACACGCUCUCCCUGGAACCUGAGACGGGGUGUCACCUUCGCCAUGCUUGGACCCAGACAGAGCCCCCACACCCUUCCUGGGAUCCAGAGACGGUGAGGAAGAAUCGCCCCCAACGGGAUACAGGAGAGACCGGCCCACUUGCCUGAGAAACCCAGAUGGACUUGGUGAAACUUAGGAAAGUGGAAAUGUGCACAAGUGCUCAGUUGCUUGGGUAGGAGGAUAUAGAUUUUGGUUAAUUUUUAAUGUUGUUAGAAAAAUAGGAAUUUCAAUUUGUUGAGGGGCAGGAGGGGGUAGCCACUAGUAGAACAGGAUUUGUAAGGUGAAAAACAGAAUGAAAAAAAUAUGACAAGAAUAAGGCUAAAUAUAUCAGGAGCUACAGUAAGUCGGUGGAGUAAAGUCCCGUAUUCGAAAGCAAAGACUCUCAGGUUGGGCAAAAAUAAAGUCCACAGAGACAUUCAUUCACCCGCCUAACGGAAGUCUGGGUGAGGCACUGCUCCUGGCAUUGAAACGUCUCCUUCAUAUACCAACCCUCAUCACCCAAUGUCUUCUUCCUCCCAGGUCCCCCUCCCAACGACUGCCUCGCCACCUACUCAGUCCUCCACGCCAGAUUCCUAGAUAAUCGCCUUGGUCUCUUCCCUCACUCCCCUCCCCCAGAGCCAAUCCCAAGUCCUGUUGUUGGGCCUCCAGCAGAAGUCCCAAAGGCAUGGCCUCCUUGGCAUCCACACUGCCUUUGUUGAAACAUCCAUCAUUUCUUACCCUGAAAGGUCAUUUUCUUUUGUAUCAGAGUAACUAUUAAUUGUAUCCCCUUUCCCUGCACUUAGUAAUUGUGCAGCUCCGUGUUUGACACAUUUAGACUUAAGCAUUAUCUCACUAACUCCUUACAUCUCCAUCUUAUAGAUGAGAAAACUGAGGCUCAGCAGGUUAAACCCAAAGUGGCAGAACUCAAACUCAGGUCUUCGGUCUGCCUCUAAAUCGGAAGCUCCUGACCAAUGUGCUACGCUGACAGUCAGCAUGGGCCAGGACGGGGAGGGAACAGGGUGGGCGGAGUUCUGAACUCUGGGGUUUCAGAGGGGAGAGGCGGCUAGAGAAGGGGUGGAACUGGGGAGCCUGUGAACAUGAGUCAAAUCAUGUGACUCCAUCUCACUCCGUUUAAAAAGCCAGAGUCCAUACUGUGGCCCACUGCACACAAUCUGCCCCUGCACCUCUUCACCCUCACCUCCCUCCACUCCAGCUACACUGGCCUCGACAGUCACUGAACAGGCCAAAAAUACUCCUACCUCAAGGCCUUUGCACUGGCUGUUCCCUCUUACCCAGAGGCCCACAUGACCCCUCUUUUGGACUUAGCUUAAGUGUCACCUCAGCGAGGCAUCCCUUGAACAUACUCAAAGUUGCAAUCUCUCCAUGGUCCCGAUCCUGCCUUCUUGCUUUAUUUUCCUCCAAAGUACUUUUCCCCAUCUGGCACACUAUACAUUUUAUCUAUUUCUCUUGUUGAAUGGCUUCCUCUCCUUCCCAGAAAUGUCAGCUCCGGCAGAGCAGAGGCUUUCAUUAUCUGCACCUUUCACUGCUGUAUCCCAAAGGCCUAGAACAGGGCUGGCACAUGGUGAGCACUGAUGUUUGUCCAAUUCCUGUGCGUUUCCUUUCUCAUGCCCACAGGAAGGGAAAGGCGUGUUGUUGAAGAAGGACUCUG